AUGUCUUCCUUCUCUCUCUACUUGUUUGCAGAUGACAUUAUCAGGCGUCGGCUGCUGAUUGACGGUGAUGGAGGCAAUGAUGAUAAACGCAUCAACAGUCUUCUGCGAAUGUUUGUUAGGUGGUGCAACAUGCCUGACAAUGAUGAUGAAAGUCACCUCACAUAUCAACGAAUGUUGGGCACCUUGGCACAAUGUGAGUAUACAAUGGAGAAGUCAGUGUUGGUGUAUGAGAUGAAUCUUCGAGAACAAAAGAAAUAUGAACAUUUAAACCAAGAAAUUGAGGAGAAAAUCUUUCAAGCAACAGCCAAAAUAGCAGAUCGCAAAUUGGAGCUACAGCAGGCAAAGAGAAUUCGAAAAAAUAGACAGGAAUAUGAUGCUUUAGCGAAAAUUAUCCAAAGACAUCCUGACAGAUUGGAAACUACCAGACAACUGCAGGCUUUGGAUAGAGAAUUGGAAAAACUGAAACAAAAAAAGAACUACAUUCAAGAAAAGUUGGAUUUGAGACGGAAACAGUUUCAUGUGCUCAUUGCAGCUAUCCAUGAUCUAGAAGGCAUUCUAGAAGAAGAUGAAAAGAAAGAAGAAGAAAUGGAUGUGACUUCCUGA